GUAGGGAGGCGUGUGUGACAUUUGCUGCAAGAAGCUAAUUUGUAAGCAGCUAGCCGGAUAAAGAAGAGCAGCUAGGGAAGGAUACUCAUCAUAUUUUGCCUUAUAACAACUGAACUAGCAUUUGGCUUAGAUUUAUAAUUCACCUACAUUAAGGACGGCUGUCUUUUUUCAAAUGUAGCGUUUUAUUUGAGACCUUCUGUCCGGUUAAACACGUUAAAUAGUAGGCUAACGGUUUCUCUAAACUUGAGGUCGUGUGCUAGUUUGCUGUUCCGGGAUGUUAUUAGAAAGCUGCAUUUACUUCUGUUUUUUUGUGUAGUUGUAUGAAUGCAUGUAAGAGCUUAAGCCGGCCUGGCUAACCGCGUUUUGCACACAAGGUUAAAUUUAGCUUUAGCCAACUAGCUCCUCACUCUCCAUCUGCAGCUGUCUUACUUUCUUAUGCUGACUUGUCAGGGCAGGUGUGCUUUAAGUAGGCCAGGUGUGCUGUGGGAUAGAUAAGAGUGUAGUUCUUUGCAGUCCAGCUGUCCACCUCAGGGAUUUGUGUAACUUUAGUGAGGUCAGAGGUGGGGAAAAUGCUGCUCUCUCUGGUCGUGCACACUUACUCGCUGCGGUACUGGUUUCCAGCCACCAUCAUGCUGGGGACAGCUCCAGCUUACCUGCUGUCAUGGGGGGCCUGGCGCUUACUUUCAACUGUUCUACCAGCGAAAGUGUAUCACAAGCUGGACGACCGGCUGUACUGCAUCUACCAGAGCAUGGUCCUGUUCUUCUUCGAGAACUACACAGGAGUGGAGAUUAUCAUAUAUGGAGAUAUACCAAAGAACAAAGAGAAUGUGAUCUACCUGUCCAAUCAUCAAUGUACAGCUGACUGGAUAAUUGCGGACAUGCUGGCCAUCAGACAGAGUGCGCUCGGUCACGUCAGAUACGUCCUUAAAGAUGGACUGAAGUGGCUCCCGCUAUACGGAUGGUAUUUCUCUCAGCAUGGAGGAAUCUACGUGAAACGAAGUGCUAAGUUUAAUGAAAAGACAAUGAAGACGAAGCUCCUUUCUCAAACUCAGUCAGGAGCACCAAUGUACCUUGUCAUCUUUCCAGAAGGAACUCGGUAUAAUCCAGAGCUCAAGAAUGUUAUCGCUGACAGUCAGGCUUUUGCUACUAAAGAAGGACUGGCUAUUCUGAAGCACACUCUUACACCCAGAAUGAAAGCCUCUCACAUAGCCAUCGAGUCCAUGAGGGACCACCUUAACGCUGUGUAUGACGUCACAGUCGCCUAUGAAGGAACACUGAGUACCAAGGGUCAAAGAACACCAGCACCGUCGAUGCCAGAAUUCCUGUGCAAAGAAUGUCCCAGAGUCCACAUACACUUCGAACGUGUGGACAUAAAGGAAAUUCCUCCAGAGCCAGUGUUUUUCCGAAGGUGGCUGCAUGAGCGGUUCGAAAUCAAGGACCGGCUGCUGACGGACUUUUACGAGUCAGACGACGCAGACAAACUAUGCAGUUUCCCCGGGGAGGCCAGACAUUCUCCACUGAGCCUCUCAAAAACCCUCCCGUCAGUGAUGAUCCUGGGGGGACUGACACUGCCAUUACUGCUGACUGAGAGCGGCAGGAAACUGUAUGUGAGAACCUGGGUGUACGGGACACUUCUCGGAUGGCUGUGGGUGAAUUUUUCCCCUUAACAACCAGAGCGGAGGCUGCCACGAUGAGACGCAUAAAAGACACGGUGUUGCCAUUUUUUCCUGCAUCACAACACAAGGUGUGUUCCAGAUGCAGAACAGUAUCAGAGAUUUAUCCCACAUGUCUGGCUCACUGUUGACCUUGAGCUGAAAGCUGAACAGAGAGACAGAGAAAUGUUAAGCUUUUUGUGCUACUUGUUCCCUCGCGUUAUUUGCAACUGCAGCCUGAAAUGAUGAAAAAAAGAUGGAUUUGUUGAAAAGUAUUAGAAUCCUCAGAAAAAUCCCCUGAUCUCUACCAUAAGAUAAAAAUAGCUACGAACCCCGCCCCUGCUCAUCUGACCUAGCCGAAUUUGUAUUCUUGCAUGCUCACUUUUCCAUCAAACAUUGGCCAGUUCUAAAGCUCUUAUAUGACAUUUGUAUUUGAGCACACGAGUGUGCGGAGUUCUCUGAAAAAAGAUAAUAAGAUGCAGAUCACCUGCUUAUUGUGGGUCAUUAAUUAUUUAAGUGCACUGACUCAUCGAUAUUGGUUGUAAUGUCGUUGGUUAUUUAUGCCAAGUCCCAUGUCAGAAGGAUAAUGCACUUUGCUUGUUUAAAGGCCCUGCACACACACACACACACACACACACACACAGGUGUUUUCACUUGUUGUGCCUUGAUGGGACCUCCUCUCAGGACUGUGUGGGCGUGUACAAAAAGCGCUUGAUUGACGUCUCCCUCGCUCGCCUGCUAACUUUGCUGUCACCCUUUAAUCAUUCUUAUCGGUACAUCCGAGAGUGACCUCACGUAAUUCCCAGGAUAGCACUGCCCAACUGUAACCUGAGCGGACAUCUAAUGAGCCAGAACACCUGGAAACACUUGUGCGUGUGUGCAGGACCUUUUUAAAGUGAUGUUUUACAUUAGUAGAACAUAAUUAAAAGCAUCCAUCUCCUAAAGGCGUUCAUUAACAUGACACCAGCUGCACUGUUUACCAUAAAUAUUAAGAAAUCACUUUGUUUUAUAUAGAUAAUGAAUGUAGCCAUAGAAAAAUGCUUAUUUAUGCAUAUAUGAUAGAGUAAAUGUUUUUUAUUUCUUGAAGACCCAAUAACUAGCAUUUAUUAAUAUAAAUAUUGGUAAUGCUUUAUUUUACAGGUCCCUUAAGUUUAUGAUUAGUAAGUUAUUUGCAGGUAUUUAACAGUGAAUUUUUAGGACAUUUAGGACAACAGUUACACAGCGGCUACUUUUAGCAGUGUGUAGUUUUGUGUAUCAAAUGAUAUAUUUGCUUUUUUUUCAAUCAUUUCCUACAUGUAGCUGCUGUGUAACUGUUCAUUCUUAGGACAUUUCUUUGAAAGUGUUGUGUAACUUGGUAGUAAACGAUAAAUGUGCUCAUUAUGAAGUUUUUAAGAAACAACCUAUAAUAUGUUGAUAUAUUGUUUGACACACUGAACUGCACACUGAAAACUCUGUUUUCUGUCAAAGAAUUGUUAGGAAUCAAAUUUAUUAAGAUUUUUUUCAAAUUAACAACUAUGUAUGAACCCCAAUAUAAUAUAUAAUUUGCACUUAACAACUAAACCAACUUAACACUUUUCUCUUUUUCUCUUGUAAUUUGUACCAAAUGCAUCACCUUCUCUGUAAAAUGCCUUAAAUAUAAACCAUUAAAUACCUGCAAAUCAAUUAGAAAAUUUCCAGUAAAUUGGUGUAAAAUUAAAGGACCAGUAAACUAAAGUGUUACCUAAAUAUCUUUAAAUAUAUAUAUAUAUAUAUAUAUAUAUAUAUAUAUAAGAUUGUCUUUAUAACUGAACUCUGAGCUCAUGUGGAGGAAUGCAUGUGAAAAAUGAAAAUGUUCUACUAAAGUGAAAUAUGGCUUUAACCUUAAAAUGUCAAUCAUUGCCAAAACCUGGUGUGUUUGCCCCGAUACAGCAAGUGUUGAGUUGAGCAAUACUUUUUUAAAAUGACAGCAAAAACACUUCAUGUAUUUUGUGUUUGUUUUUUUUCUUUUUGGCUUAAAUGCAUUAUAAUUUGAUUUUUAUAAUGGUUUCUGUGUUUGGAGAUCUUCACAGUUCCAGAAACUUUUUAUAUACAUUUGUUACUUUGAAUACCAUGUUACAGAUCACAAAAAAAGUAUCUACCAAGCAAAAAGCCAUGAUAACAGUAUAUCACAGGUUCCUGUGCACUCAAAGCCAUUUGUAUAUACAUCACUGUAUUGUGAAAUGCACUGUAUGUCUGUUGUUGUUGUUUACUGUAUUGAAAACCAUUGCAUUUUCCACGAGUCACUUUACAUAUUUGCUGUCUCGUCCUCCUGUAGAGUUAGUCUGAGAUAUGUUUUCCUCAUGUGGAUGUUUGAGUAAAUCUCAUGGUUUUUACAUGUCGCUCCAAUACCUCACUUGAAUAAUCCUUCCUUGUUCUUAAAUGACCCUUGUCAGCUAUUUUAUAGUCAUUUUUAUCCUGACAAGAUCAGACUGUAACUCAUCAGGAAACUCUCUGUAGACAGUAUUUAAAUGCCAACUGUUUCUGGAAAUGUGUGCCUUCUCUUUUGGAGGAGUUGGUCCUCAAGUCCUCAGCCCACACCCAGAGGGCCACAGUGGCUCAUUCCACCCGGUGACUGCAUGGAGGCGCUCUGCUAGAGCGGCUGCUCUCUGCAGCAUGUGGUCACAAUGUCUACAGUUCAUAGUGGCUUAUUUUGCUCUGAAAAUGCAUUGAUUUACACUUUUUGAGGACUAUUAAUAAAUGAUAAUAAUGUGUAAAGUUCUGGAAAUGGGGAUUAGAGUGAAAUAAAGUGGUUUUCUUUGGGGAAAGUCAA